GUUGCAUUCUCAUAAAUUGAUUUUUUUUUUUUCCUUUCCCUUGCUUGCUUUGAUAUUAAUCCUUAAUAAUGAAAUCUGAGUUGCAUACUGGUUUUUUUUUUUGUUUUGUGGGUUACUUGAACUCCGUUUGUCUCUGCCCAUCAGUUAAUCUGCUCUGCUUUUAGCUCCCUUGAUCCUCUGUUUUCGUUUUCUGAUGCAACCUUUUUGUUUCUUUGCUCUCUCUCUCUCUCUCUCUCUCUCUGCGUGUGUUUGUGUGUGUGUGUUUGGUUGAGGUUGUUUUAUGAUUAGUUGUUUUUGCCAGCCUUAUGACUAGAUUAUCACUUUCACAAUCCACACAACUAAUUUUUUAAGGUACCAUGAUGUUUUUCAUGUCUUAAAUGUUUUGCUUUAAUUGGAGCUCUAUGGUUUUAAUGACUAAUUAUUCUCACUGCCCGGUAGCUUAGAAAUAUCUUUGACUCAUGGUCUCAGUUGCUCUGGGUGGUGUUUAAUAUAUUUUUCCAGUUCAUGCUUGAGGGUCAUACCUUGGAAGGUCUUUUGCUACCAUCCCAUUCUCUUUAUGUUCCUAUAUUUCUAGUUUUGAACACCUGAAAUAGCCAAAUCUAAUCGUUUCCUCUACCACUGGUUGACAUUAGAUUCCUCUUGUUGGGUACUUUCUUAUGAUGAUUUAGUUGCUCUCAUUAAAUUUAGAUGAAAACGACUUGCUGGAAUUUAUAGCAAGAUCUUUGAUAGAUUAUUGUUCUCAUUUCUUGUUACUAUGGUCUUGCAAGAAUCACCACCAAAUCCAGAUUCAAAUAUUCUGCACCAAUUCCCUAUCUCAGACUCUAUUGCCAGUCAAAACCAAUUUAGUAACGAACAUUUUGAUGCUUAUGACUCUGAUUUAAGAGGCAAUGACACAUUCCCUCCGCCACAUGGUAUAUUUCCAAGCAUUCAUGCUCUUGGGGAGAGAAUGUCUAGGUCAAUGGACCUUGUUCAAGAUCCUGCAGCGACAGAGAGAUCAGAGAUAAGCCACACCAGACAUUUGAUGGAUCUUCUGGGAACAGCAAACGAGGCCAAUCACCAAGCCCAGAGGCUCUCGUUAUCUCUUGGCUCCUGCAUGCUUGUUCCAUCAGUUCAAUACGGGCAUAGGUCCUUAAACUCAGAUCUCCUUGGCUCUAAUUACUUGAUUUCUGGAGCAGGAGUAAGGGAAGCUUGUAAUCUAAGCUUUAGUGAUGAAUACUCUUUGGCAAGCAGUUCUUUUCCUUCCUCCGAUUUCUUAAAUAGAAAUGGAACUGGAUCCUUGGUUACUGUUAUUGGGAAUUCAAGAUACUUGAAACCAGCUCAGUACCUCCUUGAAGAAUUUGUUAGUGUUGGUGGGAAGGCCAUUGACUUGAAAAAUGACAAAUAUGUUGCAAGGCUAUCACGGAGCAGGAGGGAAGCUCUUGGACUUCCUUCUGAACUAAAAGAUGGGCUCUUAUCGACUGAGAAACAUGAACUUCAAAUCAAGAUUACAAAUCUUAUUGCCUUGUUGGAGGAGGUUGAUAGCAGAUAUGAAGAGUACUACCAUCAAAUGGAAGAAGUGGUGUUAUCAUUUGAAGCAAUUGCUGGCUUAGGAGCAGCCAAAUCCUAUACAGCUCUUGCACUCCAAGCAAUGUCCAGGCAUUUCUGCCACUUAAGAGAUGCCAUUACAUCUCAAAUAAAUUUGGCAAGAAGAAAGGUUUCUAAAGAUUUACCAAAGGUUAGCAUGGGUUUAUCACAACUCAGCUUGUUUGAUCAAGAGACUAGACAAAAUCACGGGUCUCUUCAACAGAUUGGAAUGAUUCAAAACCAGCGGCAAGCAUGGAGGCCCAUCAGAGGGUUGCCAGAGACUUCUGUGGAAAUUCUUCGAACUUGGCUUUUUGAACACUUUCUCCAUCCUUAUCCCAAUGACUCUGAAAAGCUCAUGUUGGCAUCCCAGACUGGCCUGACCAAAAACCAAGUUUCAAAUUGGUUCAUAAAUGCUCGAGUGCGGUUGUGGAAGCCUAUGAUAGAAGAAAUGUACAAAGAGGAGUUUGCAGACUCUUCAGUAGAACCCGAUCCAUUAUUUGCAAGCUGUUCUAUGACAAGGGAUAGUGUCACAUAUCUUUCAGAUGAAUGAAAAUAGUCAGGGAAGAUCUGAUUAAGAUUUCCUCAGGACUGUGCACAAAUGUGAUCAACCAGAAACAUCACUAGCCUGAAAGAUCUCGUGGAGUUUUCAGUAUCAAAACCAUGCACAUGAAGUAAAACCCACUGGAAGCACUUUUACAUAUUUAUUGAGUUUAGUUUCAGAGUUUAUUCAACAAAGGGAAUUGAACGAUUAGUAUGAUAGUUUGCUAACUGAGAACUCAGUGAUAUUUAUUUAUUUUCAAUCUCUUUCUAUUUCUUAGAUAAAUACAUGGUGCUGAUGUUUGUUAUCAA